CGAAAAAUCAAAUGUUCACGCGAAAUGCACGGGUGUUGAACUACGGCUGUGACAUUCACAACGGAAAUGCGACGGAAAUGUGCCGUUUCUUUUUACAGAUGGCGGCGGUACGAAACACGACGUUUUUGAACGUGAUACAAAGCGACGAUGAAGAGGAUGAUGGUUACGUACCGUACGACCAACGACCUGAAACAUAUAUAGUACCUGUGGUAUUCUUAUUAAUCCUGGUGGUCGGCGUAAUUGGAAAUGGAAUCCUGGUGUUCACUCUGUUGUGCGAUGCCAACAUGAGAAACGUGCCCAACACAUACGUGCUCUCUCUAGCCUUGGGCGAUCUUUUGGUAAUCAUAACGUGCGUGCCGUUCACGUCGUUUCUCUAUACCAUCGAGUCGUGGCCGUGGGGCUUGGCAGUUUGCAAAUUGUCCGAGUGCGCCAAGGAUAUUUCGAUCGGCGUCUCAGUUUUCACUCUGACCGCGUUAUCAGCCGAGAGGUACUGCGCGAUCGUAAAUCCCAUUCGCCGCCACGUAGCCGGACUGAGUGCGAAACCAUUAACAAUACUAAUAGCCUGCCUUAUUUGGAUACUGGCGAUUAUUCUGGCGAUGCCAGCUGCCUUUUUCUCUCACGUGCCGAUUGUACCUUUGCUGCACAACAAGAGCAUCCUCAUCUGCAGCCCUUUCCCCGAAGAAUUAGGCGAGAGCUAUCAAAAGGGGAUGGUGAUGUUCAAGUUCCUAGCUUACUACGCGAUACCGCUUCUCGUGAUCACUGGAUUCUAUCUGGGAAUGGCACGACACCUCGAGCUCUCCACCAGGAAUAUGCCCGGCGAGUUGUCCACCGGCUGUCAUCGCAUGGAGCAAAUCAGAGCACGGAAAAAGGUCGGGAAGAUGGUGAUCUCCUUCGUAGUUAUCUUCUUCAUUUGCUUCCUGCCGUACCACGUGUUCAUGCUGUGGUUCCACUUCUCUCCGUCGUCUCAGCAAGACUUCGACGACUUCUGGCACGCCUUCAGGAUCGUUGGCUUCUGUUUGAGCUUCGUCAACAGCUGCGUUAAUCCCAUUGCCCUUUACUUUGUCAGCGGGACAUUUCUAAGAAUGAAACGAUACUCGUCGGUAAGUGGUUCGUGAAGUUACGUUCCUCUAGGCUAUGCGAGUUUGCGUUUCUAAUCGGAAGUCGUGUCGGUGUGAUGCAGGCCCCCUGUCUGGCAGAUCGGAACAACGAUAGCAAGAAGGCCAGAUCGAUGGAGGUAAAUCUUCCGAUUACGAGUGAAUUAUUCGCGGAUUUCGAGAGCCUGGCGUGUAAACACGUGCGUGUACACGUGGUGUUUAUGCAGGAGCCGAAUGCCAAAGAGUAUCUGCAGUUGGCGCUGGCCAGAGUCUUGGAGCUGCAACGAGAGAUCAAAGACGGAACAUACACCACCGACCAUACCAGCGAUCUUGGCGAAUCCAGCAGCGAGGAGGACUUGACAAAGGAAGUUCUUCGUAAAGUAUUCAAGAAUCUUCCCGGGACACCGGACUCCGCCGAGGCAAUAAUGAACCGAGUGUCGAAAAACAAGCCGAGUAACUCGCAGUUAGACGCGAUUCAUGGUAAAAGGAUCCAGCUGUUGGGCUACGACACUUGUCGCAGAACUGCCGUGGAGUUCAUGAAGAACGUGGCCCGCGAGACGAGGCGGGACGCCAAGUCGUCUGACUCGAGCCACUCUGGAUUUCGACUGGGUAUCUACUCGAGGAACGAGCCGAGGCUGGCGCAUCGUAGAACUGGCUUACGCAGAAGUUCUUCGUCUUGCGACCAAGAGAUUCGCGACCGAAUGCUGAGAAGUUUGGACCUGCACUUAGCUAGUAAACAAAGAGAUUACACCGCCAAGUUGAUGAGAUCGGGUAUAUAAGACAAAUGCCCGAGACGCUUGGAAAUCAGGGUGAAAGUUCUAUCCCGAAUGUUUCUUUUUCAUCAAGGCUUUCUAUCAAAUCAGGGUUUCGAGAGCUUAUUGAGAACGGACUGCGGAUGUUUAUGCAAACUUAUGUCUCUAUGGAAAUAAUUAGAAAACGUAGGUAGAGAAUUAUUUUACCCAUUAACUGUUGUCACGGGUCCCGUAUUUUGAAUAUAAAGUGCAGUGCAUGCAUUCUCGCGCUUUCAAGGUUUUCAUACAUGCAUAAAAACCCGCGAUCUGCUUAUUAACACGUCGACUGCCUCGCGAAGCGGAAUAUUACGUUACAACAGAAGUGCAAUGAAUGCGCAUUUUUCUAUAGUAUAUUAUCAAGUCAUUUAAAUCAUACUUUGUUCGUUCCAAAACAUUUAUAAAUGGCCAUCACGGCGAUAGUUGACGUGUUAAUAAACUGCGGAUAUUUAUAUUUUCAUAAAGAGUAAAAAUACUUCUUUGCAUAGAUUUUACAAAUUUCUUAUGAGUGCAUAAAAAUUCGCGGUCUGUUUAAUAACUAUCUUUUAUUUAUCUAGUCAAGCUAAUUCAAGAAUCGUACCUGGUUCUUACGAAUCAUUCUAGUCAUUCAGGCGUCAAAUAU